AUGGCUUCGAGUGCUGACCUGGCAGUGGUUCUCAUGCAACAACAAGGUUUGGCUCACGUGUUCUUGGUUGGGAAAAGGGUCACCACGCUUUGUGCUAAGAUUAAUGGUUCUACUUCUUCUUCUUCUAAUUCUGACAAUACUAUACGGUGUGUCGUAAUAGGAAGUCCUGGUUGUGUAAAAGAUGAGUUUCGAGGUUAUUUACUCUCAGAAGCACAGAGGUUGAAGCUGAAGCCUAUUGAAGACAACAAGUCACGCAUUGUUGUUGCCACUACAAGUCCGAGUAAUACACAUAAUUUGAGCGAGGUUUUGAACGACAAUGCAGUCAUAAAUUUGAUCAGGGAAACGAAUGUUGUGCCAGAGAUUAGGGUGUUUAAGGAGUUCUUAGACAUGCUAACGAGUAACACUGAUCGUGCAUGUUACGGUCCCAAGAGUGUGGAAACUGCACGUGAGAUGCUGGUGAUUGAGACCCUUUUGAUCAUCGAUGAUCUUUCAGGAGCGCUGAGAUUGAGAUGA